AUGGCUUCCUCCGAUCAGGAUCCGAAGUCUGCUGAUGUCAAAGACGAUGUUAAGCCGGAGCAGCCAGGAGAUCUGUUGGCCAGCAUCAAGAAGUACUACUCAUCAUCGGAGUUCUCCGAUCUGGCCGUUCACACCCUUGAUCAAGAUUUCAAGGUUCAUCGGGUAGUCGUCUGUGGGCAGUCCGAAUAUUUCUCCCGUCUCUUCCAGGGUACAUGGCUGGAAGCAAAGGAGAGCGAAAUUCACCUCAAGGAAGACGAUCCCCGCGCGAUAGAAGCAAUGUUUCAGUUUAUGUACGGAUUCGAAUACGACAGCAGCGGCAGUGACCAAGGCCGCACAUCGCCCAUGCUGUUGAAUGUCAAGGUCUAUCAGGUCGCGGAGAAAUACCAAGUUCGCCAGCUUAAGGACCGCGCAAGAGAGAAGUUCAAGUCUAUCGUGGAGGCUUGCUGGCAGAUGGACGACUUUCCCGUUGCUAUCGAAGAGGCAUACAAACGUACCACGAAGGAGGACAGGGGUCUCCGGGACAUUCUUGUGAGGACUUCUCAGAAACACAUCGAGGACCUGGAAGCUAGCGAGGAUUUUCGACUUGUUCUUGGGGGCACUGCUGGCUUUGCUGCGGAUCUUAUCCAGGUAUUGGUCCAGGAUGACGUCAAGAAACCAGGGAUAAAGCUCAAGUGCAACAACUGCCUGGUCGAGUAUAUUUUGGAGACGGCUUACGCAAAAGCCACACAGUUUUGUCCAUUUUGUGGCGCUCGGUAGAAUCCCGCACCAUGUUCGUGCAGUGAGGUUUCUUUCGACUGCUUGGAUCUUAUCUUGUUGACCUUGUCUUGAACUGACAAAAAGAGCCGGUUGUUUCGAUGAUGGUAUCAUUUCAUCAGCAGUUCCAUUGCUGCAGAUGACAGUCAAACUGAAACAUACAGAUAAGAUUGGUGGUAGUACACCACCUAGACUGAAGUCUUUCAAGCCCUGGACAGCACACUUCCC